UGCAAUUGGUCUGCGGUAACACGCCGGAUCCCAUAGCAAUCUUUCGUUCCCAUGGCACUCUUGCCUCUACCAGCGUAUGCCUUCCUAGAUGAUUUCGACGACAGAGACAGGAACAUCGUGCGCACUACGGUACCCGUCCGUCCGUCUCUCGUCUAGGCCAUGUCACACAUGCGACAUGCGGCUGUCAUCGCCGGUGUGGUCGCAGCUUUGCUAGCUCGUGGAGGUCUCUGCCAGACGUCGUCUGUGUCCACCGCGAUUGCUGGCUACGGUCCGUCUGCGUACACCGUCCCUGGGCCAUUCCCGACGUCUCUCUAUCAGUCGUACUACAAUGACCCUACGGCAACAUCUGCUGAGCCUCAGCCUGUAAUCUCUGAUCCCGUAACUUCUGAGAUAUACCCGUACUGGCUGACGGAUCCGGAGAGCAUACCUCAGAACGAUACCUCCGAACCGCAACCACUCCCACCCAUCGCUUCGCCGACCCAGCUACUCGAUCUCGCUUGGAGCCAGAUUCUCACCAUCACGACCAACCCAGCGUUUGGAAACGACAGUUGCGCCCGGUGCCAGGCUGCGCUCCAAGUGGGCCAGUUCCUCGCGCUCACGGCCCCAGAGCAGGUUUCCGUACUUGCCGUGCAGCUGUGCGAGUACUUUGGGUAUUCGACCGACGCGGGGUGCGAGGCGGAGUUUGGGAUGAGUGGCGUUGGGCCGACGAUCGCGCAGGUUGCGGCAUAUGCUGAUAUGGCGGGAUAUGAUGGACAACUUAUAUGCGCGAACUUCGCCAGCUUGUGCUCUAUCCCGUCUACAAGCGCGCUCAACCUCACUGGCUGGUUUGCAAAGCCGAAGCCUAGUCCUCUUCCGCCUCCCAGACAAGCUACGGGGGAACGUCUGAAGGUCCUGCACCUCUCUGACCUCCACAUUGAUCCCCGAUACCUCAUCGGUUCAGAGGCCAACUGCAGCCAGGGUCUCUGCUGCAGAGCUGGAGCCUACAAUGAAGACAGUGUGAACCAGACGCUAGCACCCGCACCGCGAUAUGGGUCAUUUGUUUGCGACGCGCCCUACACUCUAAUCGUCGCCGCUCUGCAGGCAAUCCCCAUCCUCACUGCGACAGAGCAGGACGGGUUCAACUUCACGCUGUACACAGGCGAUUUGGUCUCGCAUGAUCCCAUGAACGAGCUGUCCAGACAGUACACUGUGUAUACAGAGACCGUCUUAUACGACCUGAUCAAAAGGCUGAUCAAUACGGGCCCUGUGUAUGCGGUGCUGGGCAACCAUGACACCUAUCAGACAGCGCAGAAUUCACCUUACGAUUUUGUCCCUGAGCUAGCGGGACAGUUUGACUGGGAUUAUGAUCACCUUGCCGACCUGUGGGAAUUGGAGGGAUGGAUCUCCGCGGAGACUGCACAACAGGCGCGGACUAACUAUGCUGCGUACUCGGUCCAGCGAGGAGAUGGCCUGAGGAUUAUCACGCUGAACACGGAUUUCUGUACCCAAAACGUAUAUAAUUACGUCAACUCAUCGUUCUCCGACAACUCGGGCAUGAUACGCUUCCUGACGGAUGAGCUGCAGGAUGCUGAGGAUGCUGGCGAGCGAGCUUGGAUCAUGGGCCAUAUCCCAAGCGGAUGGGAUGCGUCUGAUCCGUUGCAGAACCCGACGAAUCUAUGUGAUGUCGACCGGUACUCACCACAUGUCAUUGCCGGGAUCUUCUUCGGUCAUACGCACGAGGACAUGCUAAAUAUCUUCUACACAAAUGACGCCACGAACAUGAGCGUGGAGACCGCCCAGACGGUCGCCUGGAUCGGGCCUUCCGUGACUCCUAUAACUAACUACAAUUCAGGAUUCCGUGUCUACGAGGUUGACUCUGGGGUACGAACUCUCUAUCGUCUGUGCUGCAGUGUUGACCGCUUUGGCAUAUUGCAGACAUUCGAAGUCCUGGACUCUUACACCUGGUAUUCCGAUGUGAAUGCAUAUCCGGAGCUAGAUGCGCAGACAGCAUUUGGGCCAACGUUCCAGUUUGAGUAUAGCGCACGCGAGACAUACGGCGCCAAUAUCACAGGGUGGGGACCCAACGACCCCUUGAACGCCACCUGGUGGCAGUUAGUGACGGAAGCCAUGGAAAUUGAUUCGUCCCUUGUCGAGACGUUCAAUACCUAUCAGACAAAGAGUUCCGCGCGGGGCACUGCUUGCACCGGUAGCUGCAUUCCUGAAAAGAUCUGCUCCAUCCGUAGUGGCAGUGCGAGUCUCUUCAUUCAAAAUUGCGCUAGCUUAUGAGCAAGAAUUACUUCCCACGUUCUUAUCGAUACCGAAUUUUUGGACAAUAUCUCUGAGACGUACACGCUUAGACACAUGC